ACCCUAUCUUUGAACUGCAUCUGUUGCUUCUUUGAAUUCAGAACCCUCUGUGGCUCUUUCCUGUUUGGGUGCUCGGCCUUGCCACAGCCUCCCUGCGGUGUCAUUGGCCCUUAAAUGCUGUGCUGCUGUUCUCCUCAUUUCCAGUUCCACGCAGGGAUUCUUGAGAUCAAAACUUAACCGCAGAGUUUCCGGUUGACCAGCAUUCAUAGGAAUGAAGACAAACUCAGAGAUGGUGUGUCUCAGAAACUUCAAAAGGUGUAGACCCCCCGACUGAGGCGCAGUUAAUUUGAUUCGCUUUUUCAUAAACCCCCGUCCUCUGCCAGGGAGCCAUGAUCACACUAACCGAGCUGAAAUGCCUAGCCGACGCGCAGUCAUCCUAUCACAUCCUGAAGCCGUGGUGGGACGUCUUCUGGUAUUACAUCACCCUCAUCAUGCUGCUGGUGGCCGUGCUGGCCGGAGCCCUGCAGCUCACCCAGAGCAGGGUGCUCUGCUGCCUUCCGUGCAAGGUGGAAUUCGACAGCCACUGCGCCGUGCCCUGGGAGCUGCUGAGGGGCGGUGAGAACGCGUCCUCGGCCCCGGGCCCGCCGCUGCCACUGCCGCUGCGGAUCCAGAACGACCUGCACCGGCAGCAGUACUCCUACAUCGACGCCGUCUGCUACGAGAAGCAGCUGCACUGGUUCGCCAAGUUCUUCCCCUACCUGGUGCUCCUGCACACGCUCAUCUUCGCAGCCUGCAGCAACUUCUGGCUCCACUACCCCAGCACCAGCUCCAGGCUGGAGCACUUCGUGUCCAUCCUCCACAAGUGCUUCGACUCCCCGUGGACCACCCGCGCCCUGUCAGAGACGGUGGCCGAGCAGUCCGGGAGGCCCCUGAAACUCUCCAAGUCCAAAACCCUGCUCUCCACCUCAGGGGGUCCCGCCGACGCCGACGCCAGCAAACAGUCCCUGCCCUACCCACAGCCCGGCCUGGAGCCGCCUGGCAUAGAGAGCCCGACUUCCAGCGUCCUGGACAAGAAGGAGGGCGAGCAAGCCAAAGCCAUCUUUGAGAAGGUGAAGAGGUUCCGCCUCCACGUGGAGCAGAGGGACAUCAUUUACCGGGUGUACCUGAGGCAGAUCAUCGUCAAGGUCAUUCUGUUCAUCCUCAUCAUAGCCUACGUCCCGUACUUCCUAAGCUAUAUAACCCUGGAAAUCGACUGCUCGAUCGACGUGCAGGCGUUCACGGGCUACAAGCGCUACCAGUGCGUCUACUCCUUGGCAGAGAUCUUCAAGGUCCUGGCCUCCUUCUAUGUCAUCUUGGUGAUCCUUUACGGCCUCACCUCCUCCUACAGCUUGUGGUGGAUGCUCAGGAGCUCCCUCAAGCAGUACUCAUUUGAGGCGCUCCGGGAGAAGAGCAACUACAGCGACAUCCCCGACGUCAAGAACGACUUUGCCUUCAUCCUCCAUCUGGCCGACCAGUACGACCCGCUCUACUCCAAGCGCUUCUCCAUCUUCCUGUCGGAGGUGAGCGAGAACAAGCUGAAGCAGAUCAACCUCAACAACGAGUGGACGGUGGAGAAGCUGAAGAGCAAGCUCGUGAAAAACGCUCAGGACAAGAUCGAGCUGCAUCUCUUCAUGCUCAGCGGCCUUCCGGACAACGUCUUCGAGCUGACCGAGAUGGAGGUGCUGAGCCUGGAGCUCAUCCCCGAGGUCAAGCUGCCCGCCGCCGUGUCCCAGCUCGUCAACCUCAGGGAGCUCCACGUGUACCACUCAUGUCUGGUGGUCGACCAUUCCGCCCUGGCCUUCCUGGAGGAGAACCUGAAGAUCCUCCGCCUGAAGUUCACCGAGAUGGGGAAGAUCCCACGCUGGGUGUUCCACCUGAAGAACCUCAGGGAGCUCUACCUGUCAGGCUGUGUCCUCCCCGAGCAGCCCGGCGCCAUGCAGCUGGAGGGCUUCCAGGACCUGAAGAACCUGCGGACCCUCCACCUCAAGAGCAGCCUGUCGCGCAUCCCCCAGGUGGUGACGGACCUGCUGCCCUCCCUGCAGAAGCUGUCCCUGGACAACGAGGGAAGCAAGCUGGUCGUGCUGAACAACCUGAAGAAGAUGGUCAACCUGAAGAGCCUGGAGCUGCUGGGCUGCGACCUGGAGCGCAUCCCCCACUCCAUCUUCAGCCUGAACAACCUGCACGAGCUGGACCUGAAGGAGAACAACCUGAAGACGGUGGAGGAGAUCAUCAGCUUCCAGCACCUCCCCAGCCUGUCCUGUUUGAAGCUCUGGCACAACAGCAUCGCCUACAUCCCGGCACAGAUCGGCGCGCUGUCCAACCUGGAGCAGCUGGUCCUGGGGCACAACAACAUCGAGAGCCUGCCCUUGCAGCUCUUCCUGUGCACCAAACUGCACUACCUGGAUCUAAGCUACAACCACCUGACCUUCAUCCCAGAGGAGGUCCAGUACCUGGCCAACCUCCAGUACUUCGCUGUGACCAACAACAACAUCGAGAUGCUCCCAGACGGGCUGUUCCAGUGCAAGAAGCUCCAGUGUCUACUUCUGGGGAGAAACAGCCUGACAGACCUGUCCCCUCUGGUGGGUGAGCUGUCCAACCUCACGCACCUGGAGCUCAUUGGGAACUACCUGGAGACGCUGCCCCCAGAGCUGGAGGGCUGCCAGUCCCUGAAACGGAGCUGUCUGAUUGUCGAGGACAGUUUGCUCAAUACCCUUCCUCCGCCUGUGACAGAACGCUUACAGACGUGCCUGGAUAAGUGUUAACCCUAAGGUCAGGCUCACGGCGACAGCAGCUGUAAAGCCAGGCCCCGGGAAAGGAGAAUGGACCUUCCUCAGUUAUCAAGAUGAAAAACAGCCGCUGAUUGCGGCACAUCUUAACCAAAAUCUUACAGAUAACUCAUUUCAGGAUCUAAAUCAAAUAGGAAAAAGAUGUCAACACUGGAGUUUUGUGAGUAACUGAUUUUUAAUUAUUGAGAUGCUACAGACAGUAUGUGUUGAAGGUGGAUUGAGAGGCGCGCAAUUAUGGAGACUUUUAUCUUCAGGACUGCAUUUUUCCUCUAUCUUUUCGUCCAUUACUUACUUGCACACUUGUUUUCACAUGACUUUCUAAUUUGAUAUUUAUCACCAAGCCCACGAAGACUCCGCAGUAUAAAUUUUCUUGAUGUAUGCUCUCCACUGGCUUUGAUUUCUAUCCGUUCACUUUUUAAGCAGGGUGCACCGUGUUGGCAGAGUUCCAUCUUGGCCUGCUUCUCCUUUCCUUUGUCGUUUUGCUGGAAUCUUCAUCUGGUUUUCUCUGAACAACAGUGAACAUCCCUGGGUUUACCUAGAACAGGAGCCAGGGUUUCUAGGGCACGCGACCCGACUUCCUAAAAGUCGGUAUGGUCCCGAAGUAUCUUCUUGUCGGCCAUCAAAGCCUUUUGUAAAUGUUAAGAAUUUUAUAUGAAACACGAAAUAUUUUGUACUGUAAGGUCUCAUUCUAUCCCUGUGAGCACGCUUUCUGUACAAUGAGCAUGUUCUUCUCUGUCGGAACUUACUGAUUCUUGGUUUGGGCUCCUUACAACUCUCAUGUUUGUAUGCAUUCUGCUCCAAGGGUCUUUGUACUCUGCAACUAACUCCUUUGGGGUCACAGGGCCUUGUGCUUUGCUCCCCUCGGCCUUUGAGGGAUUCCCUGCGAGAGGACAGGGCUGUCGCACCACCUACCUCUCCCUGCCGCUGCGCACGCGUACGGGUACAAUCCUCAGCCACUCACGGACUGUGAUGGAGGGAGGGCAAGAGCUAGACUGGGAAGGUGACUGGAAACUGCUCUGUAGAAAUAGAGGGAGCAUUAAAUAAAAAUGUGGGUCUCCUCCAUCCGCGUGGCCUCUCGACGCGACGCCAGCGGGCGCUGUCGCUCAGCCCCUCGCCGAGCCCCCCUAACUGACGCCCACGCGCGCCCGGCAUCUCCUGGAUACGCCGUGCUCCUCCCGACAGGGAGCCAUGUCCGCGGCCCCUCGUUACCAUGCAGACUGUUGAAUAAAUAAAAUGGACGGGCUUAGCUUGGGGAAGCGGAUGCUGCGUUGUGCUUGUCUCUGAUGGGUCUAGACGCGACGAACCCGCCUCUUUUCAGACCUGACUGUCAAGCAAUCCAUUAACUGCAGCUACAAAACGAAAACAAACAAACAAAAAAACCUGCGAACACUGUGGGGUCAAGAAUCUUCUGAAGAGUCUCCUAAGGACAGAACCGCCGUGUGCAGUUUUUCUCUUCAUUUGUUCUAGAAAGAUGAGAGUGAGUCUUUGAAGCAGAUGAAAUGCCUGUCCCCUGACCUGCCUCACAGGCCUGAUGUUCAGAGAAAAGAAUGACACGGAGGACGCCUGAAUAAGGUUAGUGACAAAGAAUGUACCGAAGGCCCAAAGCUGCCUGAUGCACCAUGGAUGUCGAGGAACCGAGUGAAAACAGUCAUCUUAGCAAAGCUCGAGUGAAAACAGUCAUCUUAGCAAAGCUCGCCCUGUUAGGAUGCUCUCAGGGGGCCAGGCUUGGCUGAGGCAGCCUCCCUGGGACCUCACAGGCAGGUCCUGGUGUAGCCAGGGCUUUAUUUUCACUUCUUUAAUAAUGGUGAGGUGAUGGUUAAUGUUCUCCAGUAGAAUCAUCAUGUAGUCCAAUUCCAAUGUUGACUGGAACUAUCUGAGGUUUUUGAACAUAAACCUUGCAUGUGAGAGGGGUUUCAAUAUUAUCAGCCAUACUUCAUAUGAAAUGAAAGACCCCACCCUCUUCUAUAAGGAAAAUUUCAAAAGUUGAGAUUUUCCACCCUUCACCUGACAAAAGAGAAAGCCCCCGUGCCUUGUUUCCAAGUUAGCUAACUCUUCCUACCUCCUCGAAGCAUUCCCUGGAAGGACCCAUCACGAGGUCUGAGCCGUUGUCACUGGCGGAAACCAUACUGCACUGCUCUUGAUACCACAGCUUUGAAAUCUCUUUUGUAUUGAUCCCUCAUGCAGCAAUGCUGAGGCAGCUUUUAAAGCUAACACUAAGACAAUGACUGACACACUACCGCCUGACACACAGGGCUGUGGGGUAGCACCGGCUUCACAAACCUGAGUGUCCACCUACCUGGAGAAAAUGAGAUCUUCCAAAUUAUCAUGAUACGAAUUUUCCAAAAACCAAAUGUGAAGGAUCAAAAAUACUACAGUAAUAUGGGUUCAGUUGCUUGCACACACAAAUACAGAGCAUGCAUAUGCUUCGUACCUGCAAAUUUCAGUUUUCAGUUUCUUUAAUCCAUUACUUUUAAUCAUGAAGUAUUCCGUUUCCUUAGUUCUGGGAUUUAAGAUAAAAGCAAACAGUCUAGUUUGAGAAGGCGCUUGUGUUUCUGCAAAGGUACAGCCAUUCCCUCACCUACGUCAGGGUGGGUUUCUGCAGCACAGCGACACUGCACUUUCUUUUCCGUCUCCUGUGUAUCAGCAUAUGUGUUACUGUUAAACAGACUGGCUCAGGGUACGCGAAAUCCUUGGGGUCUUGGUGAGGCGGCAAGCUCUGAUUUGUGUGCUGCAGUGCGCUAACGAAGUUUAUGACAUUGUUCUUUGGUCAUGAAGUGGCUCUGCUCAUGUUUUAUAAUUCAGAUGCCUUGUUUAACUAAAACAGCGCAUCAUAGUGAUAGGUUCAUUGAAACAGCCAAACACUUACUCUGUGCACUUGACCUUAUUUCUUUAUGACGUAACACUGGUCCAUCCAGAUGCGGCGUCCUCGUCCUCACCCACCUUGUGAAUCUGACAGGCACUGUAGGUGGUGGCCUGCUGUGCUACAGCAUCUGCAGUGACCCCUGGGUGAGGGCAGUCCUUCAUCCCCAUUAUAACGCCCCAGCUUCUGGUCCCUGCUUCCAUUAACUGCACGUUGCCCUAGAAUCUAUGUAAGUUCCGGAAAGUAAACAAGACUAAACAGAGGGAGAAAAGAAGAUUUCUUUUGCAUCCUGAAGGAAAUACACACACACAUCUAUAUUAUAUUUAUACACACAGGGCAAACCCUGCUGCAGUUGUCCUGGCUGAUAGUGUCCCUCGUCUGUACCAUCUCAUGUCUGGGAGAGCUGCGGGAUGGUUUCCUUCCUGUCUCUUGUCCACAGCAUCUACGUCCAGUGACAUCGUCUGCUAUGUACCUUUCACAGUGGACGUCAUGACUGCAUUCUCUUCAGCUUCUAAAACUAUGAACAACUUCAUCAACACGGGAGUAUUAACACAGAUUAAAUGAGCCAAAGUACUGAGUUGCGGUGGCUUCGGAUUGAAGUUUGUUUCCUGUUGAAGUUUUGAAUUUCACACAGAAUAAACCGCCGCUGAGAAAAACAAGCAUGAAUGCCUCCUGCAUGCUCACUCCUUCUAGCAGACAUGGUGCAAUUUUAAAAACGCAGAGUGUGUAGCGGCGGAGUGGAUGUGUCUGCGCUCACGUCUGCUGUGCCAUGUUCACGUGGACAGUAAGACUUAAAACUCCUAAGUAAAAGGAUGGGCCGAUCUUGGGUGGAGACACUUUGCUGUUUAAUCUUUCCCAUAUCUCUGGAAAUGUAUAUCUGGAAUGAAUUACUAGAAAAUGCAAAAUUAUGUUCAGUGCUUUUGGCCCCUGGAUUGAAAUCCCUAACCUUCAGUAGAUUUGGGUAAAAUUUGCUGUUUUUAAAGUAUGUUUUGUGUAAAAAAACAAUGAGAUUUUUAUAAUAAAUGGCAAAUAAGAUGAAUCCCUAGAAA